AUGACAAGUACUGUCACAGACAACCUGGUAAUAGGAAGAAGUUACCUGUGGAAUAUAGGAAAUAGUGAUUUGAUACCAGUGAAAGCUGUAUACACUCAUCCCGGCUUCACACAAUUUCCUCCCAAUGAUGAUCUAUCCUUGUUGCAUCUGGAAAAACCCAUUGAACUAGGAGAGUCUGUAUCUCCCAUCUGUUUGCCACAGAAAGAUGAUACAAUGAAUUUACUUUCCAAAUGUAUGACUGCUGGAUGGGGGAUAACGGAACCUGGCCAAAAUGAAUUCCCUAAAACUGUGCAGCAGGCAGAGGUACCACUGAUCAGUAGCACAUCUUGUCAAAGCUACUGGGGACUGGACAUUAAAAACACCAAUAUAUGUGGAGGAGCUGCAGGACCAUCCUCCUGUAUGGGGGAUUCUGGAGGACCACUGCAGUGUGCCCAGGAUGGGCAGUACGAGCUUGUCGGUAUUGUGAGCUGGGGCAGCAGUAACUGCCAUCCCGCCGCACCAACGGUCUUCACCAGAGUUUCUGCCUAUAGAGACUGGAUCACAUCUGUCACUGGAGGGGAAGCAUGAUCGCUGGAAGAGCAGCAAGGUGGAACCGUGUUCAUCAGUGAGAAAGGAAACACGUGACCCCCCACCUGAGCAAUAUGUCUCUCGUCAUUGCUGAAAAACUCAACGUCA